UAUCUGUCUGUUUCCAUGCCAAGGGUGCUACGGGAUUUAUUUGGAGGAUUUAGGAAACCGAUGAGAAGCGUUUGGUGUAGAAGUUUUGCGUGAUACGUUGGGUGGAUCAUUUUUUUCUAGAAGAAGCCCUUGCCUUUUUCACUGGCUCAACUCUCAUUUUCUCAACCACUAUGGUUCUGGAAACAAAACCUGUUGUCCAUCAUCCAUACUGGCCUCGGAAUUUGGAACUCCAAAGUUACGUCCCAAAUGAUCGACCCUUAUGGCAGAUCUUGACAUUCAUAUUCGCUACUUCAGGAAUUCUCUUGGUAUUGAAUUGGUUUGUAGCAGGCUGGCGGAGCAAGACCUGGGGCCCUUUUGGAACUUGGCGCACCUUGAUCAUUUGCUGGUUUGCCAUCUGUGUUUUUAUUCAUGGUGUCAUCGAAGGCUGGUUUAGCCUUCACUACAUGGAAAUCCCAGUGGAUCAAUCCUUUCUCUCACAGCUCUGGAAGGAAUAUGCCAAAGGUGACAGCAGAUAUAUCACAUCAGAUAAUGUCAUAGUUUGCGUGGAAACCAUCACUGCCUGUUUUUGGGGUCCCCUCAGUCUUUGGACUGUUGUCGCAUUUCUUUCACGCCAGUCCCAUCGAUAUGUACUACAGCUAGUAGUGUCACUAGGUCAACUAUAUGGAGACAUUCUGUACUUCUACACUGCAUACCGUGAUGGCUUUCGCCAUAGUGAGAUGUGGCACCCUAUCUAUUUCUGGUUUUAUUUUGUCUUCCUGAAUGGUCUGUGGAUUAUCAUUCCCUCUAUUCUCAUCUGGGAUGCCUGGAAGCAUCUCAGUGCUUGCCAGAGAUUAAUGGAUGCUAACAAGGUCAAGAAACAUUGAUGUCUUGCACAGGAGGUCAUAACUGGGCGGUACUUCCAGCCAUUCAGAGGUUGGUCUUGUACUCCUCCUGUUUUCAGUUGUUAUAUUGAAUUGAUGGACAAACACCACCAUUGAUGGUGGUCAUUCUCUUCCCUUUUAAAUAUUCAUAGCUCUUAAGCUAUGAACUUAAAAUUAAGACUGCAGUUUUAUCUUCAUGACGGGUAUUUUUUUUUAGAUCAGGAGGUUUUAUUUCUAAAUAAAUGUCAUUAGGAUUAGAUGACCCAGCUAAUAUUAGUCAGUAUUGAACUGAGUCCUGCUAUAGACCAUAUAGCUUUGUUUCCCUUUAUAAUCCGCAGCUGUGAUCACUUAAACUUGCAAGGAGAGCUCCACAUCUAGCAUUCAUAAAACUGAAGUACUGUAUAGAGGCUAUGCAGGAAACAUUCAAUCUUCUUAUUCUCUGAUCAAAUAUAAGGUAGCAUUAGAGGGGUUCACAACUUGCUUCUGUCCAUAUAAAGUGAUUCAGCUAUUUGCCUGGAAGCUUUUUUUUUAUUGUUCCCAUGUAGAAUAAUCAGUGAAUGGCUUAAACUGGGAAAUAGUACCCGACAGCUGUCACUCAAGAAUCAUAAAUACUUCAAGACAGAGCAAAGAGGAAGCUGUCAGACCUCCAUACCUGAGCUUUGUUCCUGAUGGAGUAGGUCCUUAAGAGUGUAAUGGAAGCAGAAUAAAAUAUACUUUGAUAUCAACACUCAUUUUACUGAUAGCUUUCUUUUCCUUUCUUUUUUCUUAACUCCAGUUAUUUUUUUCAACUGCUUUGGGAUUCUGUGUCUCUAGCAAAAAAAACUAGGUUAAAGAUUUGUGUAUAAGUAGACGGAUCUGUUGCUUUAGGGCAACUAUUUUCUAAACAAAGUUUAUCACUGUAUCCCAAGCUUCAUUCCCUUGAGUGCCCUCUCUACAGCACUAAACACUGUUAUUUGUAAAAUAAAAUGUGACAUUUUAAUAAACAAUCUCCAUGUUGUAUGGGUUGGGUGAGACUUCAAAGAAAAUAAGAACACUGUGAUGAAAAUUUUCUCUCUAAAUUAUUCUAUACUAUAGAAUAUUUUGUUUCCUCUGAGUUGUUUAAAAUGUAAUCAGAUUGUAAUACUAGGGGGUGAUUUUAACUGUAAAAGUUCAUCUUCAAGAACUUCCAGUUUUUUUAUUGUGGAAGAAAAGCAUUGAGCUGUGUUGGUGCAGUGGUUAGAAUGCAGUAUUGCAGGGCUAACUCACUGCUUACUCCAGGAGUUCGAAUUUUACCGGCUCACGGUUGACUCAGCCUUCCAAGGUCAGUAAAAUGAGGACCCAGAUUGUUGGGGGCAAUAUGCUGACUCUGUAAACCACUUAAAGAGGGCUGUAAAGCACUAUGAAGCGGUACAUAAGUCUAAUUACUAUUGCUAUAUUGGACACAAUAGACUAAUUAGGAAAUCUCUUUUUCUAAAUUACUAAAUUUUGGGUUUGCAUUGUGCUGUAGUGACUACAAUAUUUCAGGGUUAUCUUGUGUUAAUGCUUGUUGGCAUUGGUUGUUAGAACAGAAGGCAAUUAAGUAUUAGAAGACCAAUUUAUAGAAUCUGAGACUGUAACAUAUGCUGAGUACAGGUUAUUGUAGUAAUCAAGAGCUGGUGAAGGGUAUUUCCUUUCUGAAAAUGUAAUACACAUAUGUACAAAGCAACAAACCUUAAGUAAAAGUCUUGGGUUUUUAUAAUUUUCUCAAUCCUGCUUCUGAAAAAGAAAGUUGAAAAUGUGCUAAUGUCAGUAAUAAUUAAAAAAUGUAUUUUAUGAAAAAGUUUCAUGCUUUCUAAAUUAAUUGCUCCUUUUGAAAAAGGAAAGAAUGAGCUCAAACUUAUUUUUGUAUGGCUGAAUACCUAGGUACAACAAGCAUACUUCCCAGCAAUCAUAUCAGCCAUCCCAAUCAUGUGCUAAUUUACAAGUUUUAUAACUGUGUUGUGUGAUGCCUCAAAUUUCUUCCUCUUCUCUUUAACAUCUAUAUAAAAAGGCUGGGUAAGGUCAUUCUCUUGCUGAAGGUUCCUCUCUCCCCCGGCCAAAAAAACCCAAACACCAAGCCACCAAAGCAACCAAGAUUGACAAGUACAUACAGGUCAAUGUGCUUGGAGUGCAUGCACAUGCUUUUUUCACAUUUUUGAUUUCACACGCCAAUCUUAUUUUGACUUACUAAAUCCCCCAAACUAAAAUGAUUAAAAUGUGUUGUAGUUUUGCUAUUUUACAAAUAAAGAGUUUCAAUACUCUG